ACUUGAACCGCGCUCAUCAUCAUGCGGGCUUUCCCCGGCGGCUUGCCUCAAAUCACUGCAAUGUGUCAAAGGCAGACCACUCAUAAAGCCUGAGUAACUCGGUUAUGACCGGCGGUUCAAGGGAGCGGUUCAAGGUCUAGGAUUUGGUGAUGUGCACCCGAGUCAGGACAGAACAUUUCCUGUUGACAGUGGCCUGUGGUGUGCGCUCCCCCUACCAUACCUGCUAGGGAUGAGACGCGAACACGGGAAGCCUGCAUAGCGUCAUUAUUCCCCGAAGCUCGCUACUUACUGCCGGGUGUCAUACUAUCAACGCUUCCUGGUUGUACCCUCUAACCGUCUAGAUCACAAACACUGCCUUAGUUUGUACGGGGUUUGUCGCUAGCAUCAGCUUUGAUAUGACGCAAACAAUCCAGGAUGCCUUAACGGGUGCCUGGGAACACGGCUCUGAACGAAUACUAGGCGAAUCUAGGGGUUCCGGAAGACCAGAUCCCGAUGCUGGGAUGCAGUUUCACCAUGUUUUGAUGUGAUCCAUCGCAAUGGGAUUGGAAACUCUGGGAAUCAUGAAGACAGGGAACAAAUUUUCAUGCGAGAAGAAGCUGCAUUAAGAGUGUCUCAUUAUGCUGAUUAUGGUGGCCACCAUCCAGCCUGUAACACAAUUGGUGCCAUUGCGUACUUGCGGGGACGGAAAGGUCGCCUUCCGUGGAGCAAAAGAGUCCUUCAUUCUAUAUUAUCACCCCAAACAUGCCACCUCAAUGCCAGGUCAUGCUGGACGGAAGACUUGGCCUUGAUCUCUUCGACUCCUCCAGCCGUCUCAGUCGACGGUCUCAGCUGAUCUGGGUGUUAAGUCGUGUUGAGAGCAUGGGUGUACACGACGUAUCGUGGGUGAACAAUCAAAAGCGUGGUGGGAUAUCACGAGGAAAAGGCCAAGGUUGUGACGUUCCUAGCCGGAAAAACGGGGUAUCGUGGAGGUUAUUGAGAUGGCCGGUUGAUGGUCCCCGCUCAAUACUUCAGGAUAAUGUAGCUGUUGCCCUCCAAGUUAGCUCUUAUCGCAACGAGUAGACGGGUGCGCCAGAACGUACAGAGCAUGGAUGAUGCCGGGAAUGUAACCGAGGAUGGUGAGCAGGAUGUUGAUGAAGAAAUCAGCAUUACAUCCUCGCUCGAGGAAGACACCCAGCGGAGGCAGAAUGAUAGCAAGAAUGAUCUUGCAAAUGUCGCUGAUCGCAGGUGAGUCAGCAGUGUUUUGGGAUGCGGAAGAGACGGAAUCACGACUUACGAUGCUGUGAAAGGCAUUUUGGCUGGGGUGAGAAGAAGUCGAUAGGAGAGCUUCUAAGUAUGAGUUGUUUGAGUAAUGUGCUGAAAGCGUGCGUGUGAUGGAGCAACUUGGAUCAGGACUGGUAAAAGAGAGAAGAGAGAGCUUGCGCAACAGUGCAGAUGGAAGGAGGCUUUAAGGCACCUGGAAGAUGAGUUCCGUGGCUGGGGUGGGCGGGAUGCCUCUGGCACUCGGACUCGGACAGGGCACUGGCACUGGCCUGCAGUCCAAGGCAAUCGUCGUACUUAGGUAGGGUGAAUCUUCUAGCUCCUAAUACC